AGCUAUCAGUCGAUCAAAACAAGUAACUCAAUCAACCGUUCAAAUCAAUUGAAGCUAGCUCCUAAUUUCCAAACAAGACCAUGGUGUGACUUGUGUUUGAAUCUUUCCGCAUAUCCAAACUUCCCCUCGUGCAGUAUUGUUCCCAAGUCGUAGCGAUGCCCAACGUGAUAGUUCUAGACAAUGGUGGCGGCCUGAUUAAGGCGGGGAUCAGCGGCGAGAGAGACCCCGCCGCAGUAGUCCCGAACUGCACUGGCCGUCCUCUUGCUUCGAAGAAGUGGCUCAUCGCCGACCAACUCCUCGCCCCAGACGCAGAUCUCACCUCGGCCACCGUCCGCCGCCCAAUCGACCGCGGCCACAUCAUCAACGCCGACCUGCAAUCCUCGAUCUGGUCCCACAUUUUCAGCAAUCUCCUCAAGAUCAGCCCCUCCCAAUCCUCCCUCCUCCUCACCGAACCCCUCUUCACUCUCCCCUCCAUCCAACGCUCCAUUGAUGAAAUCAUUUUCGAAGAAUUCAACUUCCGGGCACUGUUCGUGGCCGAUUCGCCAUCUCUGGUCCAUCUCUACGAGGCCUCACGCAGGCCCUAUGGGCUUGUUUCCAAGGCCCAAUGUAGCCUCGUUGUGGACUCUGGGUUCUCCUUCACCCACGCAUCUCCGGUGUUCCAGAACUUCACUCUUAACUAUGGGGUAAAAAGGCUUGACCUUGGGGGAAAGGCUCUGAGUAAUUACUUGAAAGAGCUGGUGAGCUAUAGAAGCUUGAAUGUCAUGGAUGAGAGCUUUCUUAUGGAUGAUGUUAAGGAGAAACUCUGCUUUGUUUCUUUGGAUGCUGCCAGAGAUUUGAAGAUUGCUAGGAAACCCGGCAGGGAUAAUUUGUUCAAAUGCACAUAUGUACUCCCUGAUGGUGUUACACAUAUGAGAGGUUUUGUAAAAGAUCAUGAGGAAGCAGAGAGAUACAUGUCUCUCUAUGAUUCAACUGAACAUCAACUACCCGAAACACAAAAUAGUGUUGAUCAGGAGGACAUCACUGAUGACAUUGAUAGCCGAAAAAAGAUUGAUGUGUCAAGAAUUGACUUGUCAAAAAAUGAAUUUGGUUUAACAAAUGAAAGAUUCCUUGUCCCGGAGAUGAUUUUCCGCCCAGCAGACCUAGGAAUGAACCAGGCUGGACUUGCAGAGUGUAUUGUACGAGCUGUCAAUUCCUGUCAUCCUCAUCUUCACCCUGUGCUCUAUGAGAGCAUAAUUUUGACUGGUGGCAGUACAUUAUUCUCUGGAUUUGCUGAAAGGCUAGAAAAUGAGCUUCGGCCUCUUGUCCCUGAUAAAUAUCGCGUGAAGAUCACAGCACAAGAAGAUCCUAUACUCGGGGUGUGGAGGGGUGGAUCACUUUUGGCAUCAAGUCCUGAUUUUGAAACCAUGUGUGUAAGCAAGGCCGAGUACGAGGAGCUUGGAUCUGUACGGUGUCGUAGGAGAUUCUUGCACUAGAUUUUGUCUUUCUUGCUUGCUUGCGAAUGGCCGUGAAGAAAAAAACAUGCUCCACACACUUAUCACCAAUGCCAAUCACCAAACAAACCUAUGAAGGAGAACCCGGACAUGACACGGGCCUCGUACUUGCCCUGGGCAGUGACGACGUUCUCCUGGCCUGUCACGGGUUUCCGGAGGAGGAUGCGGCUGGUGUGGAAGACGGCGAGGGAGUAGCCAAAAAUGAAGUCGACGGUGCCGUAGAUGUGGCAGCGGUAGAAUAGCUGGCGGUAGGCCUGGGCAAGGAGGGUGUCUUGGUAGGCGGAGAUUUUGCAUCGGAAGAAGAUGGCUUUGUCGGCGUCCACCAUCAAUGCCACCGCCUGGCCCUUGUCCGCGCCGGCGGUGUUCUCAAAUCUCAUGUCUCUCGCCAUAAACCCCGUGCCGGACGCAGCUAUAGAUCAGAUCAUGCAAAUAUGCCAAACCAAACAUUAGUCACUCUAACGAACAUAUAGUGCCAAAGCAAGAAUUAUGUAUGCGA